UUGGCACUAUAAAAUUCUUUCGCGGGCUUUCCUCCUUCCCGUGUUUCAGACACACCCACACUGAGCGGACGCACAGUGAGUGAGAGAAAUACGGACUUUUGCUUGGCUUUGCUUGGCUUUAACCUGCUUUUGGACAACCAUUUGGAUUACUUUUGGAUUACCUGUUGGACUACCUGCUUGGCGGAUCAACGUGGACUUGUUUUCAAAGCUUCCCACGCAGAGGCUUCUGAGAGCAAGACCCCACACACACCACACUUCAUUCAUUCUUGAUCUUAAAUUGAGAAUCACAUACUGAGAAUCACAUAGAACACAAACACAGCACACAACAUAAAAUACAUAGACCUAUACUGACCAUAAAUUCAUUCUCAAACACACACACAGACACACACACACACACACACACACACACACACACACACACACACACACUCUUUGCAUUGUUUAUUGUUCCAGUGAUUGUUGAUAUUGUGUUUGUUCAAAUUUCACACUUUUACACUGCAUUGUGUACGUCUGUGAGAUAACCGUGUUUUGGAGUAUUUCUUCUUGAGUGUUUACAGGUUGGUGUAGGACGAGAUGCCGCAGAAGGGGAAGCGUUGCAGGGCCCAGAAGCAGCGAUGGAGCAAGCCGGACCAGGUGACCCAGCUGGAGACGCCGCCGCCAGCCCAGCCUUUCUGGACCCAGAAGGAUGGACCCAGCCCCUCCCAGUCUCCUGCCCAGAAGAUGGCCAAGCUCCACAUCCCUCUGCCGACCUCACCCUCCUGCUCCCCUUACCAGCCUGGACAGGUGCGUCUGCCCCCCUCUGACUUCCGCCCAGGCCGCGGUACGGGUCGUCGCCAUCGCAUGCUGCUGUGGGAGAAGUCCACAUUUACUGGCCGAUUCCGGAAGUUGGUCGUCCCAGCAGAGUCACCCGACAAGAAGUUCGUCCUGCUUGUUGGUGACUCCCACCUUCGGGCCAUCGCCGACGGGUUUGUGGGGAUGCCAGACCAACUGCUGUCCUUUGGCGUCCUGUCCGUCCCUGGGGCGUCGGCAGUUGAGUUGCGUACUGAGGUACUGAAUGCUGUGCUGCCUCGCUCACCCGGGGCAGUCUGCAUUUUAGCACCCAGUAACGACUUGACUGCCAGCAGGACCGUCACUGAGGCAGGGGUCGCGUUUGGUAAGCUCCUGCUGUCUGCCUGUGCUACCUGGCCCAACGUCUGUGUUCUGGACUUCCCUCCCCGUCUGACCGUGGAGCUGGCCCUGCAGGACCUUCUGCGCCAGGAGUACCACCGUGUGGCUGCACGUAUGGGUGUCAGGUACGUCUCUGCCACCGACCGCUUUCCGCUGACACAACUUGACCUGUGGUGUCCUGACGGUGUCCACCUCAGUGACGACGGGAUGGUGAGGCUUGCGGAGUUGCUGCGGCGGGCCCCUUACCAGCAGCUGCUGGAGUCCGCAGUCCCGAGGGCCCAGACGCCUCCCAGGACGCCGCCUCCUGCCAGACGUGUCUCACCAAAAGUGGUUGUGAAGGGCGUGGUCACCGCGCCACGUCCAUCCAGCCCUUUUGAGUGGACAUGUGUUGGGCAGACCAAGAAGAUGGACCAGCCAGCGGAGCCUGCACAGCAUGUGGACGUGGGGGUGCAUCCGAUCCCGCUAAAUCCUGUGUGGUUUAGUCCGGCGAUCUUGGAUGUGAUGGAGAAGGCCGUUCCAGCCCACCUUCCCAGUGCUGUGGAGUGCGCAGCUCGUCCGGACGGCAGGAAGAAGUCGACCGUGGAGCGCCAGGAGAGACGUGAUGCCUCCAAGAGGACACCGCAGAAGCAGCAGGUUUGUCAUAUUAUGUCUGAUUAUUUGAGUAAUACUUGACUUAUUUGGAUUUGUUUGUUGUGUAUUUAGAGUAGACACACUAGUAGACAAAAACAUUUUUACAUGUAUGUCAUAUUU